AUGGAUUCCACCCAGUCCACAGAGCCUAGCAAGCUCUCCGAGCCCCGCUACAUCAAUUUCCCCAGUCUGCCCUCCGACGCCAAACACGAGGACGGUACCCCCGCACUCAACCGACACUCGUCAACGAUCACCCGCGGCCAUGAAUUCCCGGGUGCGCGAGCAAUGCUCUUCGCUGCCGGUGUCCCGGACAAGGAAGCCAUGGCCAAGAGCCCCCAUGUGGGUAUUGCUUCUGUCUGGUGGGAGGGCAACCCUUGCAACAUGCACUUGAUGGACCUGGGCAAAACGGCCAAGAAGGCAGUUGUUGAAAAGGGAAUGAUUGGCUGGCAGUAUAAUACCAUUGGUGUUUCGGACGCCAUUACGAUGGGCAGCGACGGCAUGCGAUUCUCUCUGCAGACGCGUGAGAUCAUUGCCGAUAGUGUCGAGACCGUCACCUGUGCUCAAUAUCAUGAUGCCUGUAUUGCCAUCCCCGGCUGUGACAAGAACAUGCCCGGUGUAGUGAUGGGUAUGGCCCGUCACAACCGCCCGUCGAUCAUGAUCUACGGCGGUACAAUCAAUAUUGGUUACUCAGAGCAUCUCCGCAAGCCAAUCAACAUCUCCACAUGUUUCGAGGCAGCGGGUGCCUAUGCUUACGAUACCCUCCGCCAGCCCGACGAUGGCGGUGAUACUAGCAAGACCAAGGAUGAGAUUAUGGAUGACCUCGAGCAGCACGCCUGCCCUAGUGCCGGUGCCUGUGGUGGCAUGUUCACGGCUAACACAAUGGCCACUGCGAUCGAGUCCAUGGGUCUGUCCCUGCCUGGAUCCUCAUCUACUCCUGCCUCUUCGCCUUCGAAGAUGCGCGAGUGUGUCCGCGUAGCCGAUGCCAUUAAGAUCUGCCUGGAAAAGAAUAUCCGCCCCCGCGACCUUUUGACCAAGCGAUCCUUUGAGAACGCACUCGUGAUGACCAUGGCACUGGGUGGUUCCACCAACGGUGUUCUCCACUUCCUCGCUAUGGCACGCACUGCCGGUGUCGACCUGACAUUGGACGAUUUCCAGCGGGUCAGCAAUAAGAUUCCCUUCAUUGCAAACCUAUCUCCUAGUGGCAAAUACUAUAUGGCCGAUCUCUAUGAGAUCGGAGGUAUUCCGUCGGUCCAGAAACUGCUGAUUGCCGGAGGCCUCCUGGAUGGCGACAUUCCCACCGUCACUGGCAAGACGCUGGCUGAGAACGUGGCAUCAUUCCCCUCGCUGCCCCAGGACCAGACCCUGAUUCGCCCAUUAGACAACCCUAUCAAGGCUACAGGUCACAUCCAGAUUCUGCGCGGUAACCUCGCCCCUGGCGGUGCUGUAGCCAAGAUUACAGGCAAGGAGGGACUCCGGUUCACGGGCAAGGCCCGAGUCUUCGAUAAGGAGAAACAGCUCAACGACGCCCUAGAUGAAGGCCGCAUCCCACGUGGGGAGAAUCUGGUUCUGAUCGUCCGCUACGAGGGCCCUAAGGGUGGACCCGGUAUGCCGGAACAGUUGAAGGCCAGUGCCGCGCUGAUGGGUGCCAAGUUGAACAACGUUGCCCUCAUCACGGAUGGCCGCUAUUCCGGUGCCAGCCACGGUUUCAUCGUUGGUCACAUUACCCCCGAGGCAGCGGUGGGAGGGCCGAUUGGACUGGUUCGCGACGGGGACGUCAUCACUAUCAAUGCCGAAACUAACGAGUUGUCCAUGGAUGUAUCCGAUGAGGAGCUUCAAGAGCGCCGCCGCCAAUGGACGCCACCGGAACCACAGAUCACUCGCGGUGUGCUGGCCAAGUAUGCACGAUUGGUGGGUGAUGCAUCGCAUGGAGCCAUGACAGAUCUCUUCUGA